AUGGCUAAGCUGCGCCGGCUUGGCCUUCUGAGUUCCUGCUUGCUGGCUUCAGCAGAUGACCAGGUGGUCCUCCAGGCACCGUGGUUUUUCGAUUGCUCCAAUCAUCCAGAGUGGAGCAGAUUCCGCGAGCGCUUCGCUGAAUUCCGCAAGAACUUUGCAUCAGCAAAGGGCAAUGAGGAAGAGGUUAUCAUGGAGAUGCAGCAGAUCCUUGCUGAAGCCAACGACUUGGGGCGGCGAUACGAGCCGACCUUCGUGAAGUAUGCAAGCGACUGGUCCGUCUUCCACCUCUGCACCCCGGAGCGCCUAGUGGAAGUCCCUGAGGACCUGCAGCUGAACUUUUGCUUCUAUGGCUUCGCUACGGUGCAGUGGCUGGGGUUGUUCGGCCACCAGCACUUUGGCAAUGUGCCGGGCAUGGCAGAAUGGGCGCAAAACGCCUGGGGCUUUCUGAAUGACGCGUCAAAGUUUAACGCGAUGCACUUCCUUGAAAGCUCCGGGUGGCACGUGAAAAUGGUGGAGAUGGCAAAAGCUCUCAGCGCUGUUUUUGUGGGAAGCAGUGGCUACAGGGUCUCCCGAGACGCGGCGCUGCCGUCGGCACUGCGGAUGCCGCAGCUCGUGGUUCGCAGGAGCCCUGUUCACACCAGGUUUCCAGACGUUCGUCGGUUGAAGGCAGUUGCCAUCUCGUAUCACACGGCACUGCUGCGAGAGCCGCUCUCGUUCUGGCAGCACAUGUUGAGCCACUUGUUCGAUGUGGACGCCACCUUGCAUAUUUUGGAUGCCACGGCCAAAAGUGCGGAGGACGUGGCCCGUCUACACAACCACUGCCGAUUCAUUGGUGGCUCAUGGUGUGGCACAGAUGAACGCCUCCUGGAGCUUAAUGAGCUCUUUCAGGAGGUUGUCUUGGACUGUCACACAGGUGACCACAAGGCGCGCCAUCAUUUCUUGAGAUCUGCGCGAGAGUAUCAUGACCGGUUCGUGCGGCUGAUGGGCAAUGAUCCCGAGCUGCUGUCUGCUGAUUUCUUCAUGUGCGGGGAGCCUGUCCUUUUCUGUCGGCUCUUGGCGCACUUCGGCCAGCCUGUCAUUGGCUACAUCUCCACCCCGAUCUCUGUGUACGUUCGGGCCGAAGAUCGGUCUGAAUGGUACCAGCAGUUCUAUGAAAUGGCCCUAGAGGAGCGGCACAUCUUUGCCGCCACCACACCGCUGUUCGCAGAGUGGGUCGCGUACGGCACCGGCAUAUCCUUGCCAGUCAUCCGGCCCAUGUGUACAUAUACUGAGGCGACGUAUUGGCCAAAGAGGGCGCAGGAGGUGCUGCUUCUGCGAACCGUUAGCCUAUUCUGGGACACGGAAUGUGUCCUCAACUACUUUGCUCGUGCGCAUGCAGACUCUUCGGCGACAGCUCCGUUGAGAUUCCGGGAGUCUGCAAGCCUCUCCGAGAAGGAGCGGAUGGGGUAUACUGCCUUUGCGGAGUUUUUGGCCGCUGUGAUUUACCCAUACAGUCCCAGCCAGUUCUGGUUCUACGAGCUGUACGCCAUGGGUGUGCCGAUCUACAUGCCCUCACGCGACACGCUGCCGUUGUACGUCAGUCAGGACUACUCUGUCUGCCCAGACUUCGAAGGUAACCGGCCUGGACACGCACCACAUCGUGUGCAUCCACAUUCACCCUUCGACACUGAUGACUGGGCCGCCAUGACGUAUUGGGCAGCCUUCACUGACUACCUGACCCUGCCACACAUCUCCCAUUUCGACUCGGUACCAAGCUUGCUCAGGCAGCUGCAGUCUGCAGAUCACCAGAAGAUCAGCCACUCCAUGCAGAGAGCACAUAUGGAGCACCUGGGGGUGGCAAUGAGCUUCUGGAGUCAGGCUUUGGAGCUUAUCGCCUCUCUGCGAGGGAUUCCACGCACGGUGAGCGGCGUGGAGCAGGUAGCUGGAGACCUGGAUGCCUCGGACGAGCACCGAGACCUCUCCACUCGCCAGCCCAGCGGGGGCUCGCCAGCUCGGCCGGAUGGGGCUCACCGGCUGGCGAAUGAUGGGCAGACACGACAGGAUCAUCCGCAUGAGUACCACUUUGACCUGGACUCUGCGAACAAGGUGCUUUCGGCUGCCACGCAAGUCGGCGGUUCUCAUUGGUGGGUGAAGUUGCGACGGACGGCUUCCGACCCAGAGGUGAAGGUCUGGUCCAGAGACUGUUGCACAGAGACAUAUGGUCACGUGCUGUUUUUCCUGCUGGGCAACAGCUCCAACAUCAAGGCUGCAGCUGAAUGCGCCUCCCUCAAGGUGCCGAGCAACGUGGAGGUUUCAACUAUCUGCCCUGGCAGAGGCGACUACCUCUUCGUGGAGGCUCGCCCGCAUGCGGGCUUCGAUUACACGGACAGCUCUGUCGCGGUCUUGAUGUUGCCUGAGGUGCGCGUGCUGAGCCGCGACUGA